AUGGGUGUAUCGGUAUCUUACUCCAUAACCUUGAGAGGGAAUAAUCUAGCUAUGCGUGAGUUGCGUGGUAAUUCAGAAGACAGCUACAAGAUGUUGUAUAGCUACUUGUACAUGUUAGAGCAGGUUAAUUUCGGAAGAACAACAAGGGUGGAGUUGGAUGAGGCAGGUAAGUUCAAGUACCUUUUCAUAGCUUUAGGAGCUUGCAUUGAAGGGUUUAAGGUCAUGAGGAAAGUGAUUCUUGUGGAUGCUACGUUUUUGAAGAACGGAUAUGGUGGUGUACUAGUAUUUGCUAAAGCUCAAGAUCCUAAUUGUCACCAUUAUCCCCUCGCGUUUGGGGUACUCGACGGUGAGAAUAAUGCUAGUUGGACUUGGUUUUUCGAGAUCCUUACAACUGUUAUACCGGAUUCUUCUGAAAUAGUUUUUAUGAGCGAUAGGAAUCAGAGCCUCAUCACCGCUGUAGCUAAUGUGUAUCCACAAUCUCACCAUGGCCAUUGUAUAUGGCAUCUAGCUCAGAAUGUGAGAAAUCAUGCUUGUAACACCAUCAAAGCCGUAGUGGCAUGGAGAUUUAUGGAGUUGGCUAGGUAUUACACAGUGCAUGAGUUCGAGACUGCUUAUGCAUCUUUUAAGGUGAGAUAUCCUUCAGCCUUCAAGUAUGUGGAGGAGAACACUAACAGAGAAACAUGGGUUAGGGUCUAUUUUCCAGGUUGUAGAUACAACUUGGACACUAGCAACAGUGUGGAGUCGAUGAAUAGCGCGUUUAGGGACGCAAGAAGUAUGCCUUGA